GAGGAGGACCCAGGGCUUCGGGGCUGCUGCCGCCGCCGCCGCCGGAGAGGAGGAGAAGGCUGCAGUCCCCGGAGGGCCCCCAGGGGAAGCGUGGGAUCGCGGCGGGGCUGCCGUCCAGGAGGAUGCCGGCCGAUCCCGGGGGCAGCCCCGAGGGCGGAGGAUGAGCUCCCGCAAGCAGAGGCUGAUGGCCGCCGUGGCCCAAGAGGCAGCGGCCAGAGAAGCGCCUUCCCCGACGGCGGCGGCCUCGGCCUCCUCGUCCUCGGGGCUGUGCUGCUUCGUCUGCGGCGGCGGGAUCGGUCCCGGGCAGGAGCUGCGUCUGCCGGUGCGUCUCCCUCGCGAAGGCGGGCCCGGGCCGGUCUUCCCCUUCCUGCAGCACCAGGAGCCGGCGCCGGGCGCGGCGGCCGUCAGCCCCGAGGGCUGGGCGCUGGUCUGCGCCGUCUGCCGCUGCUUCCUGGGCGAGCAGUGGGCCGCCUUCGAGCGCAGCCGGACCCCGCUGGAGAAGCGCCUCUACUGGCUCAAGCGGCCCUACCAGUGCCACGGAACAGCGGCGGCAGGGAGCCCGGGAGGCGUCGGGGAUCCCGGGGGGCUGCUCCGGAGGGCCAGCCGGGAGUGGAACCUGGCCUACGCCUUGGAGGAAGAGGAGGAGGAAGGCCUGGGGCAUCGCCCCGACAGCAGCAGCAGCAGCAGCCAGAGCCCCGAGGGCGAGGAAGAGGAGGAGGAGGAGGAAGGCCCCCUGGCCCUCGGGGAAGACUCAGCCUUGUCCUCUCUGUCGGAUUUGGAGAGUGAGGCCUUGCCCUCCGCUUUGGGCCCCUGGGCUCCUCCUCCAGGGGCUCCUCCAGAGGGUCCCAGGCCCCCCGCCAUGAACACCCCCCUCCAAUGGAAAUGGGGGGCCCUGCCCUCAGACCCCGGGAACGGCCUGGAAGGGAAGGCACUGAGGAAGAAGUGGGGCGCCCCUUUGGGGAAGGGCUCCCAGGAGCAGCCCCCCGACGACAAGGAGCACAAGCCGACCAACGGCCAGCCUCCCAAAAGCCCCAGGGCCCCUCUCAUUCGAGGGACGCAAGCGUCGACAAGCGGCCCAGCGUGCUACGUUUGUGGUGUGCUUUUGAACCCGGGUUCGCAGCACCGGGUCCACGUCCAGAAGCAAGAGCAGGCCGCCCAGGCCCCCUUCUUCCCCUUCCUCUGGCUCCACAGCCCCCCACCAGGCUCCCUGCCCAUCAGCCCCUCUGGGAGCACCGUGGUCUGCGGCUCCUGCCAUGCGUCCCUCCUCCAGCAGUGGCACAGCUUUGAGUUGGCCGGGGUGCCCGUCCUCCAGCGGCUCUACGUGGUGCCCCUCGACCCGGGAGCCACAGCCAACAAAGAGAGCCCCCCGGGGGAGGCCUCAGUCCCGUCCCGGAGGGCCCUCCCAGAAGCCUGCUACCUCUGCGGGGAAGAGUGUGCCAAGGAGGGCCGCCCCGUCUUGGCCAAGGCCGCCAACGGCAGCGCCAAGGCCACCAUGCACUUCCCCUUCAUCGGCCUGCUCCCUUGCCCACCCAACGCCAAGGGCCUCAACAAGCACUGGGAGGUCCGGAGUUGUCCCAGGUGUUACGGGGUCCUCCGGGACCUUUGGGCCAUGUAUACAGCCUCCCGCAAUGAGGAUUUCAUCACCUCCGUCCAGAGCUUCCUGGGCAGGUACCACCAGGUCUUUUCCGCCCGGGAGGACACCGGCAAUGUCGUCGCGGCCAGGCACUCCGGUUUGGCCAAACCGGGCCCAGCAUCCAUUUGCUACAUCUGUGGGGCCGAGCUGGGCCCGGCGGCGGGCAAGGAGUUCCAGCUGAACAUCAACCCACCGGGCCGCUUUGGCGAGAAGGAGCCCUUCUUCCCCUUCCUCACUGUCUACCCGCCAGCGCCUCGGGCCCGGCCUGCCGACGCCACGGGCAUCGUGGCCACGUGCCUCUUGUGCUACCAUGACCUCUUGGGCCAGUGGCUGCAGUAUGAGAGCAGCCAUGCCCACCACCCCAGCAGCCCCUGGUCCAGGCAAUACAAAGUGGAGACCUUUGUCUGCUUCUUCUGUCGGCAAGAGAAGAAGCGGUGCCUGGGAUUAAAAGCCGUCGACGUCGCCCGCCUGCCCGUCUUCCUCUGCUCUUUGCGGGUGCCCGGCAGCUUGCUGGUGGACGAUGGCAAGCGGCUGACCAUUGGCGCUUGCCCCGAGUGUGCCAUCCUGGUGCUGGCUGGCAAAACGGCCAUGCCCCGGGAGCUUUUUACCGCCCCGGCCUCAGUGCCAGCAUCUCACCCAAAGGCCUCUCCAGCCUUUCCUUUGGAGGCACCUGCACUAAAAGUAGCAGCCAGCGAGCCCACCCAGCGCCCGCCGGGCACCUCAGAGAGCGCAGCGGCAGGGAACGGUGCCACUCAGGAUUACAGGGCCGGCUUGGAUGCGGAGGGUGCAGCCCUGACAUCUACAAGCAUGAGCCAUGAGCCAAAGUCACCUUCUCUAGGAAUGCUUUCAACAGCGACCCGGACCACCGCCACCGUCAGCCCCCUGACCCCUUCUCCUCUCAAUGGCUCCCUGGUGCCCAGUGGCAGUCCGGCAGCCAACAGCACUUUGUCAGUCCAGUCAGCGCCCUCCUCCAGCUUUGCUGCCGCCCUGCGCAAGCUUGCCAAACAGGCCGAGGAACCCAGAGGGUCAUCGAUAAGCAGCGAGUCUUCUCCAGUUUCCUCCCCGGCCACCAACCACAGCUCCCCUGCAAGCACGCCUAAGCGAGGGCCGAUGGGGCCUCUCAUUGUCCCGCCGGGUGGGCACACUGUCCCGAGCACACCUCCGGUAGUGACCAUUGCACCCACCAAAACUGUGAACGGCGUCUGGAGGAGCGAAGGACGGCAGCAAGAAGCUGGGUCGCGAAGCACCAGUGGAAACAGCAGCAGUAACAGGGACCGCCUGAUCGCCGAGGCGCCAUUGCCCCAGGAGAAAGCCAGCGGCCCAACGGUUCCUUCUCACUUGCUUGGGACGCCUUACUCCUUCGGGAUCCCACCCAACUCCAUUGUGCAGGACUCCCGCUUCCCACCUCUCAACAGCCUCCAGCGGCCUGUCCACCACGUGGUGCCUCCCAGCGCAGUCACAGAAGACUACCUGCGCAGCUUCCGGCCCUAUCAUACAGCCGAGGAGCUUCGCAUGUCCUCCCUGCCUCCCAUUGCUCUGGAUCCAGCCACUGCUGCCGCUUACUACCAUCCCAGCUAUCUCGCUCACCAUCCUUUUCCUCACCCGGCCUUCAGACUCGCUGAUAGCUACAUCGCUACAAAGGCUUAUCAUAGGCUUUCUCUUUCCAGGAUGGAUGAUUCCUACUGCCUUUCAGCUCUACGCUCGCCUUUCUAUCCAAUUCCAAGCCCUGGCUCACUCCCGCCCCUUCAUCCAUCAGCCAUGCACCUCCACUUGUCUGGAGUGAGGUAUCCCACUGAACUGUCUCAUUCGUCUCUCUCUGCGCUUCAAUCCGAACGCAUAUCCAGUCUGACUGCAGAGAGGUUGCAGAUGGAUGAGGAGCUGCGGCAGCGGGAACGAGAGAAGGAACGAGAGCGGGAAGCUGAUCGCGAACGAGAGAGGGAGCGGGAGAGGGAACGCGAGCGUGAAAAGGAGCUGGAACGAGAACGAGAAAAGGAGAGGGAAAGGGAGAGAGAGAGAGAGAGGGAGCUGGAAAGGCAGCGGGAAAGAGCCCGGGAAAAAGAGCAGAGCAUUGUCAAAGCCAUGGAAGGCCCCUUCCUACCAGUGUCAGAGUUGCACGCACUGAGGAGCCACCCACCGGAAGAACGUGUCAAACCAUCUGAGCAGCUAACGCCAAACCGAGCAGAGAAACCCAAGGAUUCUUCUGCAAUCCAGACACCCAAGCCAGUCCAGCAUCCUUUGCACCAGUCAUCUGCCUCGCACCAUCCAGUGCCCAGCCUCAUUUCCAACCACAGUCUCUUCCCUCUGCCUGGAAGCAGCACAGCCACGGCGCUCCUCAUCCAACGCACCAAUGAGGAAGAGAAGUGGUUGGCACGGCAGCGGCGGUUGCGGCAGGAGAAGGAGGACCGCCAGUCCCAAGUGUCAGAGUUCCGGCAACAAGUGCUGGAGCAGCAUUUGGAUAUUGGGCGCCCACCUGGACAGAUGGAAGUUGAGCACAGGCCAGAGAACCCCCGAUUGGGACCAAACCGCCCUGAACCAAGUAGCCGAGACCAGCCACAGCAUUUUGGAGGGCCGCCUCCUCUCAUCUCUCCUAAGCCACAGCACCAUCCUGUCCCCACUUCCCUCUGGAACCCUGUCUCCUUGAUGGACAACAACACUGAACCCAGAAGGGUACAAGAAAGCCACCCUCUCCAAAGCCAUGCCAGCCAGUAUGAGCCCAGCCGGCAAGCCAUCCCCCUUGUGAAAGUAGAACGGGUAUAUUGUCCGGAGAAAGUAGAGGAAGGGGCCAGGAAAAGAGAAGCCUUGGACAAGUAUCAGCCAGCCAGAGAGCCUGGAGGUUCAGAGCAUGGAGCCUUUCCCCAUGGGCCCUUCUUAGCAGAACUGGAGAAGUCCACACAGACCAUUUUGAACCAGCAAAGGGUGUCCCUCUCACAAACUGGACAGUUAGUUGACACCUUGAACAGUAAACCUGGCUCACCUUAUAGGCAUCCAUUACCCCGGGGCCAUGACCCUAUGUAUGUUUACGACGAAUUCUUGCAACAGCACCGCAAACUGGUCAGCAAACUGGACCUGGAGGAGAAAAGACGGAGGGAAGCCCAAGAGAAAGGUUACUAUUAUGAUCUCGAUGAUUCCUACGAUGAGAGCGAUGAAGAGGAAGUACGAGCCCACCUGCGUUGUGUUGCAGAGCAGCCACCUCUGAAGUUAGACACCUCCUCUGAAAAACUGGAGUUCUUGCAGCUUUUUGGACUGACCACCCAGCAACAGAAGGAGGAGCUGCUGACCCAGAAACGGAGGAAAAGGCGGAGGAUGUUGCGAGAGAGAAGUCCUUCCCCACCAACGGUCCAGAAUAAACGCCGGACGCCUUCGCCACGGUUUGUGCUCUCGACACGUUAUAGCCCUGAUGAAAUGAACAAGAGUCCCAACUUUGAGGAGAAAAAGCGAUUUCUCACCGCCUUCAACUUAACUCACAUCACUGCGGAGAAAAGGAAAGAUAAAGAGAAGCUCGUGGAGAUGUUCCAUGCCAUGAAACAAAAAAGUGCCUCUGUGGCAGUAUCAAUGAAAAGCUCCCCACGGGACAGUCCUAGCGUUGUUCAAGCUGAGCCCCAAGUACAACCAACCACAGCAGAGUCCGAUAAACCAAGCAGCAUUGCUGCUCCUUCUCUGCCAGAUGCCCCGAAGACCGCUGAGCCCUGCAGAAUGGAACAGUUGCGGCCGCACGAGUUUCCAAGAGCCAAGGAGCCUAUUCCUGCCUCUGUUGAGAAGCCCAAGUUGAGUGAUGGCCACACAGCCAAGAAAAGCCUAAGCAUCCUCAACUACGUCCGAAGCUCUUUGCCGAAGGACGUCCCUGUGCCACUGUCACACAGUAUGAAUGGGAAGAACAAGCCAUGGGAACCCUUCAUAGCUGAGGAGUUUGCACAUCAGUUCCACGAGUCUGUGUUGCAGUCCACACAGAAAGCAUUGCAGAAACACAAAGGUAACGCAAUGGUGCACUCAGCAGAGCAGAACCAUAAAGUUGAUGCCUCCAUCCAUUAUAACAUUCCGGAACUGCAGACCUCGAACUGGGUGUCUCUGCCACAACAGAAUGGCCAGAAAGAUUCCCAGCAUAAGGGCUUCAACCCUCUAGAAAAUGACAAGGCGUCCGAUUCAGAAGACGACAACGAGGAGGAAGAGGAGGAGGAAGAGGAAGAGCACCCCAGACCCAAAUGGCAUGGGAUCGAAGCAAUCUUUGAGGCUUACCAUGAACAUAUAGAAGAGCAAAACCUGGAACAGCAGGUGCUGCAAACCCAGUGCCGACGCUUGGAGACCCAGCACUACAAUCUCAGUCUGACUGCAGAACGGCUGUCUCAUACCAUGACGGAACUAAGGAACCAGAAGCAGAAAGUUGUCGCUGAAAGGGAACGACUUCAGGCCGAACUAGAUCACUUGAGAAAGUGCCUUGCGUUACCUGCAAUGCAGUGGUCUAGAAGUUAUUUCAAGGGGUAUCCCAGGUGACACUCCCUUGCACUAGGCCGAACAUAUAGUAUAGAAAUAAUAAUCUAUUUUAUUACCAGGAAUAUUUAAUAUUUUUCACUGGGAGGUUUGAAGUUUAAAAAUAAAAGAAAGAGAAUGUGCCAUGCAUGAAGCAAAGGAUUGUGGGGAUCCAGGAAAACCCAAAACCCAUCUUUUGAAAAGAUGCAACCGAAUCUUUUAAAACUCUGCGAAUAUCCCAUUUAGAAGACCUCUAGUUUUGGUUAAAAAUUUGAAAGGUUGUUUUCCUUCUACUUCCUCUCCUGCUGCCUUUUUUUAAUUGUAUUUUAAUCCAGAGGUUCCACCAAUGACACUAACAUCCAUCUCCCUUGAAGGGGCUGGAAUCAUCUCUGCACCAACCUUCCUUUUUGUUGCCAUAUUAGUUCAACUGCCGUCCUUCGGGAUCUAUCAGUUUCCUUUGUCCUGCAAUACACUGUUUCACAAUCCGAGAGGACUCCAGGUACACAUCAUUUUUUGUUUUGGUUAGAAUGAACUGGAUAUUUUGGAUACAGAAAUAAUUAUUUGCAGAUUAAUAGCCCUAGCAGAAGAAAACGCAGCUUCCAAACUUGACUUCCCAGGCAUUUAUCAGCUUUUUUGCUGGAAAUGCACUUCACACACACACACAAUAAAAGUGAAUAAACAAA